GUUAAUUGUUUCUCUGUCCAUGCAGACGUCAGAGGAAGUGGCCGAGAAGAUGACCGGCCUGCUGGUCCCGAUGGACCACGAGCGCAGCUUCACCAUGGCUCUGGAUGACAAGGUGUCCAAGCUUCCCAAAUCUGUUGACUACCGCAAGAAGGGCAUGGUGACUCCAGUGAAGAACCAGGGUUCCUGUGGCUCCUGUUGGGCCUUCAGCUCAGCCGGGGCCCUGGAGGGCCAGUUGGCCAAGCAGACGGGUAAGCUGAUAGACCUCAGUCCCCAGAACCUGGUGGACUGCGUCACAGAGAACGACGGCUGCGGAGGAGGCUACAUGACCAAUGCCUUCAAGUACGUGCAGGAAAACGGAGGCAUCGACUCUGACGAGGCCUACCCAUACAUCGGAGAGGAUCAGCCGUGCCGUUACAAUUCAUCAGGCAUGGCAGCCCAGUGCAAAGGCUACAAGGAGGUCCCAGUGGGCGACGAGCAUGCGCUGGCUGUCGCACUGUAUAAAGUGGGUCCAGUAUCGGUGGGCAUCGACGCCACGCUGAGCACCUUCCAGUUCUACACCAAAGGUAUUUACUACGACCGCAACUGUAACAAAGACGACAUCAAUCACGCCGUGCUGGCAGUGGGCUAUGGAGUCAACACCAAGGGGAAGAAGUUCUGGAUUAUCAAGAACAGCUGGGGCGAGGGCUGGGGCAAAAAUGGCUUCAUCCUGAUGGCACGCAACCGUGGCAACCUCUGCGGCAUCGCCAACCUCGCCAGCUACCCCACUAUGUGAAGAGACUAGCGUGAAGCUCAGAGGAAGACAAGGGUGGACGUAGGGGCUUUGCUCAGACUACUACACACACAAAUACACUUGGAAAUGUACACAGAGUUCAUUCCAACAUGUCAGCAACCACUACAAAAAAUUAAUGAAAGGUUUACCUUUAUCAUAUAUAUACAUAUAUAUCCAUAUUUUGGAUUAUCCAUACAGUAAAAAUAAAUUAAUGUAGGACUUUUGGAAUGAACCUUCUCCAAUGAUAAAAAGUGUUGGAUCCUAAUGUCCAAAAAAAUGUCUAAAUGGGACGUUUGGUCAUCUUGAAUAAAUUGAAGCACUUUAAAACCCUUAAGUCUUUCGGUUUAAUCUCCGAACCAGCCGACCUCCACUUUUGUCUGCUUCAUAAAGAAACACAUACAGUUUUAGUACCUCCAGGUGUUAGUAACCCUACCCUACAUCACCGGUUGGCUUUGCGUCAAAGUGCCAAUUUGAAUCUACAAACCUACCAGGCACAACCAACAUUUCACCGGAUUUGACUUGUAGUCAGUGACAGUUUCAUUCCCUAGCUUUAAUUACAGUUUGUGUGCAAACUAACAGAGUUUAGAUUCAGUGUGACAGGAAACAUUGCUGGGCAAUGGGACCUCCUCCUUUCCUGUUGACGCAGAGUCACUUCCUUUAGAAUUUUAACCAGUUCUUCUCUUGAUCGUGUCGACUUUUGGUGUUUUUGUUCUGUUCAGCACUUUUCUGAUGAUCAAACGGUAAAGUGAUGUUUUCUAUGAUAUUGAAUAAAGGUUUCAUUUUGAA